GGGGCUACUUCGAUGUCAUGGGCCAGUGGGACCCACCGUUCAACUGCAGCUCGGGCGACUUCAUCUUCUGCUGCGGGACUUGUGGCUUCCGGUUCUGCUGCACGUUUAAGAAGCGGCGACUGAACCAGAGCACCUGCACCAACUACGACACGCCGCUCUGGCUCAACACCGGCAAGCCCCCCGCGCGCAAGGACGACCCCUUGCACGACCCCACCAAGGACAAGACCAACCUGAUCGUCUACAUCAUCUGCGGGGUGGUGGCCGUCAUGGUGCUUGUGGGAAUCUUCACCAAGCUGGGGCUGGAGAAGGCGCACCGGCCCCAAAGGGAGCACAUGUCCAGGGCCCUUGCAGAUGUCAUGAGGCCACAGGGCCACUGCAACCCUGACCACAUGGAGCGAGACCUUAACAUUGUUGUCCACGUGCAGCACUAUGAGAACAUGGACACGAGAACUCCCAUAAAUAAUCUUCAUACCACCCAGAUGAACAACGCAGUGCCCACCUCCCCCCUGCUCCAGCAGAUGGGCCACCCACAUUCGUACCCCAACCUGGGCCAGAUCUCCAACCCCUACGAGCAGCAGCCGCCAGGGAAAGAGCUCAACAAGUACGCCUCCUUAAAGGCAGUCGGAAGUUCUGAUGGUGACGGGACUGUAUCAACACUUAAGUCACCAAAAGCUGACAAGGUCAAUGAUGACUUCUACUCCAAGCGGCGACACCUGGCUGAACUGGCUGCUAAGGGGAACCUACCUCUGCACCCCGUCAGAGUGGAGGACGAGCCGCGAGCCUUCAGCCCCGAGCACGGUCCUGCUAAGCAGAAUGGACAGAAGGCCCGCACCAACAAGAUGCCCCCGCACCCCCUGGCCUACAACUCCACCACCAACUUGAAGGGCUGGGACCCCAACGAGCAGUCUCUGAGGCGGCAGGCUUAUGGUAGCAAGGGCAAGUUUGGCACAGCAGAGUCGGCCUCCAGCGACCCCUUGGGGACUCGCACGCAGCACUACCCACCCCCACAGCCAUACUUCAUCACCAACAGCAAAACAGAAGUGACUGUCUGAGCUUUCACUACAGGGAGCGCCUGCAGACCACACUCAGCUGAGAGAGGCAGAACAACCCUGGCCGCCCCUCCCCAUCCUCCCGUCCACACACCACACACGACCCUCCAUAAGAACCAACUCUAAGGCUACUGGUGACGUGGAAUCGUGCUUUCCUAGGUCAUAUCUAACACGUGUUCAUGGGCAGCUGAGGAAGACCAGAGCAUGGACUUUCAGCAGUGCAGCAAAGGGGAAACUGAGGCACACUCUUUCAACUUCAGGCCCAAGGUGGCCAACUCGCAAGCCCAAACC